UAAAAUGUGUACUUGUUGAGGAAUUGUGUAUAUGAGAAAUAAAAUUGUAGUAGAUUUCAAAAAACAUCAAUGAACAUUGGUUGGAAAAUAAUAAGCCUGGAAAAAUUAACUUUCCAAUAAGACAAUAACUUUGUAUACGAUAUGUGAUGUGUACUUGUCAAGGAGUUUAGCCUGUAAACAAGAAAUGAACCUGUGCUAGAUAUAGAUCUAUUUUUUAAAAACGACUUUUAACUGUUGCAAAGACAAAAAUGAGUGGCGAAAAAAGGACUAGAAAAAUAAGUACAGCCCUUCAGCCCCCUUCCAUUGGGGAGGGAGGUCACCUGACUACAAUAGAUGAAACUCAUGCGCUGAGAAAAGUUAGUCACGACGAGGAUGCUGGGACGCAUGGUCAGGCCACUGCAUACGGGGGUCUCAGGCGAGUAAGCAAGGAGCAGCCUGAAGGUCGUAAGGUCAGCACUUACAGUGUCAUUGGACGGAAAAUCAGUUACGUCCCUCCGGAGAAUUUGAUUAAGAAGCAGCAAAAGUUGAAGGAGGAGCGAGAGACGAAAAGAUCCCACCUCGAUGAGCGUCAUCGCUACGUCCUGCAGACGGUCGCAGACAGUCUCGGUCUCGAACUCUCCGAAGUUGAAGAUGCCAUUCUUGAGGGCUCACAGAUUGAAACCAUGGAUCUUUUCUUUGAUCCAAAAGGCAAGGUCGGAAUCAAUCAACUGAUGUUCUAUUACCAGGAACCGGAGGAUAAGGAAACUCAUGUGGACCAUCUCAAGACGGGACCGCCAGCCCCCAAAACCACUCGCCAAGUGAAACCCAAAGUGUUUCUGGCCAACGGGAGUGAUGUCCCUUUGAAGGGUACCUGCCUGCUCUUCAUCAAGGGAGGCGACCCUAGCUUUGUGGUUACUGACCAGAACAUGGUCAAGGAAGUGACGUUCACCAUUCUUGAUACCAACGGUCAUGGCAAGAAUGGCGCAGGACUUCUAUAUGCUGUGGAGCACCUGCUCUCAAGCAUUUUCAUUCCCGCGCUGAAGAGUCUCGACAAGGGCUGGGGUGCACUCGAGUCUAAGGGAGCGAUCCAGACUCGACUCGAUUUCCUGAACACCCUGGACUCUUUCGUGUCGGUGCUUGUUGGUGCCCAGGAGAGCCUGAAUGAGAAGGUCCAGUUGAAGCCAUGUGACACGUACGACCUGUCUCGUAUCCAAACACCCGCUGAGUACCAGGCCAUCGCAAACAGCUCGGAGGCCCUCCAGGGCAUUGAGGCCUGUAUGGAGAUCUGGAUCAAACAGAUUGAGCAGGUGCUGGCAGAGAGCGAGCAGAUGCGCAAGGAAGCAGACGACAUCGGCCCACGGGCGGAGCUGGAUCACUGGAAGAAGCGCACGUCCAAGUUCAACUACCUCCUGGACCAGAUCAAGGGGUCAGAAGUCAAGGCUGUUCUAGGUGUCUUGCAUGCAGCAAAGUCUAAGCUAAUCAAGAUGUGGCAAGAGCUUGACCGUCGCAUAACGGACACGGCCAACGAAGCUCGGGACAACGUGAAGUUCCUCUACACGCUGGAGAAGUUCUGUGACCCCCUGUACAACUCUGAUCCUGUCGGAAUGCUGGAGGGGAUACCGGGGCUGAUCAAUGCGAUCCGAAUGAUCCACAGCAUCUCACGCUACUACAACACCUCCGAGAGAAUGACCUCACUCUUUGUCAAGAUCACAAACCAGAUGAUCACUGCGUGCAAGGCGUACAUAACAAAUGGCGGCUGUGAGACAGUCUGGAGCCAGGAACCCCGGGAGGUCAUCAAGAAACUCAAUGACUGCAUCCGACUCAACGAAGAGUACCAGCGAAGCUUCCACAAGACCAAGCAAAAGCUUGAGACAAUGCCCAAUGAGCGCCCAUUUGAGUUUUCCGAGAUGUACAUAUUCGGGAAAUUCGACACGUUCACCAAGAGGCUCAAGAAUAUCAUAGCAAUCUUCGACGUGUUCUCUGUGUACUCUACGCUGUCUGAGUCCAAGAUUGAAGGUAUCGAGGUGAUGGCAAACCGGUUCAGUGUGACUCAGACGCAGAUCCGCAAGAAACCUUAUGACUUCCUCGACCAGCGCAAGCAGGAGUUUGCUCAGGACUUUGACGACUUCCAGAGAUCUGUCAAGGAGCUUCAUAAACAGAUCUGUGAGUUCAUGGACAAGAAGUUUGAGAAAAUCACGAGCACACAGCGUGCCAUCAGUCUGCUGAUGAAGUUCGAGAAGUUGAACCUACCUGGACUCCCGAUUACUGAGAAGUACGCGCGGAUCCUGGCUCACUACGGGCGAGACAUUGAGAUGGUCUCCAAGAUCUACCAGAAGAACAAGAAUGAACCGCCCGUAGCCCGUGAUCUGCCACCUAUUGCUGGCAAGAUCUCAUGGUCCAGGCAGCUGUUCCGGCGUAUCCAGGAGCCCAUGGAGAUCUUCCAACAGCAACCCAAGCUUCUGGAGAGCGCCACGGAGUCUCGGAAGAUCAUCAAGAGCUUCAACAAGCUUGCCAAGGUCCUGCUUGAGUUUGAGGUCCUCUACUAUCGAGGCUGGCUGCGGCAGGUGGAAACUGCAAAGUCUGGCCUCGCAGCAUCGCUGCUUGUGAAACACCCAGAAACUGGCGACCUAUACGUCAACUUUGACCCUCAAAUCCUGAUCAUGAUUCGUGAGACAGAGUGCAUGGCUAGACUUGGGCUGGAGAUUCCGCCUGUUGCCAAGACGAUGAGAACCAAGCAACCUGAAUACAAGGAAAACUACAAUGCCCUUUUGAUGAUGCUACAAGAGAAUAAGCGAGUGCGUCUGAAGAUCCCCACUGAGUUUGAGACUCUGAUGGGACCGCACAUUGGACGUGUCGACAACGCCAUUGAGCCUGGACUGAACAAACUGUCUUGGACCUCCCUAAAUAUUCAGGACUACAUCCAGACUGUGUACAGGCGUCUAGAGGAAAUGGAGCUGCUCAUGGUGCGGGCUAACGAACUGAGUGAGUUCCGUAUCGACGCGGUUCUCAAGGAGAUUGCUAGCACCACCCUGUGUCAGCUGCCACAGGAAGAGCCAUGGACCGUUGAUGACUUCCUGGAAAACACACAGACGCUGUGCAACAAAGGAGCAAGCAUCUUGCAGACAAAGAGCCAGGUCGUGGAGGAAGCUGCAACUGAACUCAUUGAAAUGUUACUUGACAUUGAAGAUGAUGACGAUGGAGAUGCAUUUGAAGACAAAAAAGAAGAAGAUGACCGCCGCGAUGCCAGCCCGACUGGUUCUGGAGGUCGGGGAAGCAGCAGACGGUCACGCCCAGUCUCCUCAAAGGCAAACCUUGCUGCUAAAAGGAAACGUGAGCAGCGUGAGAACAUCAAACAGGCCGCUGCCGAUCUGCUCCACGUUUUCAACCAUCGCAACCUUGAGGCCCUGGUAAAGGUUACCAAAAACACCCUUGAGGCCCUGAGGAAGCGUAUAACAUCCAGCUCUAUGGUGCACUAUAUUGGUGAGGGAGGUAGUUUUGGUGGAAGCGAGGCCAAGAGGGACAAUCGUCCAUUCUUCAAAACAUUUGCUACACUGGCCAUUCCAAACAUCGUCAUGACUCCAGGUCUAGACGAUGUUCAGCAGGGGGUCAAUAAGGCAGCCCAGAUGGUUGUGAGCGUAUCUAAGGGCGUCUCCCAAUGGAACAAGGACCGUAAACGAGCCUCCAACGAGCGCCCUCACUCUGGAGAUCGCGAGGGUCACCAUGAGCGAAGACCCAGUGUUGGAAGCGUGGCUGCAUCGGAGGGGUCACACGGGGAGAAACGAAAACCAGAGAUGGACCGAGAACCUACAAACUACACGAAUUUUACAACAACCACAAAGAACUACUACAAGAAUGUGUCAGAGAACAAGGAAGUGGCAAAGCUUGUCUCUCUCCUCUCCACCUCCAUCAACUCCACCAAAAAGGAAGUUACAAGUGCUCUCGAGAAGUUUGGUGACUACCACAUCAUCUGGGAGAAUGACCGGGAUACCGAGCUGGAAGCCUUCAUGAAGGAGAAGCCCAAACUGUCCGAGUUUGAGUCCAAGAUCAAGUACUACGAGGAACUCGAGGUUGCCAUUAAUGGCGAGCCCAUGUACUAUGAUGUGGGACCCAUCGCUUUGUUCACUGAUCAACUGAAGUAUGCAUUGAACGUUGAGACAAAAGCCUGGAGGAUGCAUUAUGGGAAGGCAUGUAACACAAAGUAUCGCACAGAGAUGGAGGAAAUAUUUGCCUUCAUUGAUGACCUGAACAAGAGGCUAGGUCGACCAAUCAAAGACCUUGAUGAUAUUCGCUUUGCAAUGGCAGGCUUGAAAGAGAUCAGAGAGAAUGAGAUCAGAAUUGACAUGAGCAUCGCGCCUAUUGAGGAGUCAUACUCAAUGUUGAUCAAGCAUGAACUGCCCGUGGCCAAGGAGGAAACAGAACGCUGCGACACCCUGCGCUACUCCUGGGAGAAGCUCAACGUGCAGGGCAAUGAGAUGCAGUCACACCUGCUUGAGAUCCAGCCCAACUUCAAGACUGAUCUCAUCACCAACGUCAAGACCUUCAUCUCCGACUGUGGCAACUUCUAUCACGAUUACAAUGAGGCUGGCCCCAUGGUGCCAGGAGUUCCCCCAAGGGAGGCCUCAGACCGACUGGUCAUCUGCCAGAACCAGUUUGACAUCCUGUACAAGAAGUUCCUCACGUACACAGGCGGAGAGGAGCUCUUUGGUCUCCCGGUUACUGACUACCCGGAGCUGCUCAAGAUAAAAAAGGAGCUUAACCUGCUGCAGAAGCUUUACGGCUUGUACAAUGCUGUCAUCGACACGGUACACGGUUACUAUGAUAUCCUGUGGGGCGACAUCAACAUUGAGAAGAUCAAUAAUGAGUUGAUUGAGUUCCAGAACAAGUGUCGCAAGCUGCCAAGGGCACUGAAGGACUGGCCAGCAUUCGAGGACCUCAAGAAGACCAUUGAUGACUUCAAUGAGAUGGUUCCCCUGCUAGAGCUCAUGACCAACAAGGCAAUGAAGACCCGUCACUGGAACCGGAUGGCCGAGGUCACAGGUCACGUGUUCGACAUUGAGAGCGAGAACUUCACACUGCGUAACAUCCUGCAGGCCCCUCUAUUGGAGUUCAAGGAGGACAUUGAGGAUAUCUGCAUCUCAGCCGUGAAAGAGAAGGAUAUUGAGGCAAAAUUAAAGCAGGUUAUCGCUGACUGGAACAACAAGGAGUUCACGUUCGGUCAGUUUAAGAACCGAGGGGAGCUGCUGCUGCGAGGGGACACCACAAGUGAGAUUGUCUCCCUUAUGGAGGAUUCCCUGAUGGUCCUCAGCUCCCUUAUGAGCAACAGGUACAAUGUGCCAUUCAAAAAGCAGAUCCAGUUGUGGGUGCAGAACCUGACAAACUCAUCUGAGAUCAUUGAGAACUGGAUGGUCGUACAGAACCUCUGGGUCUACCUUGAGGCCGUCUUUGUGGGUGGAGACAUUGCCAAACAGCUGCCUAAGGAAGCAAAGCGUUUCAGCAACAUCGACAAGUCAUGGAUCAAGAUCAUGACGCGGGCUCACGAGACGCCCAAUGUGGUCCAGUGCUGCGUGGGAGAUGAGACCCUCAUGCAGCUCCUACCCCACCUCCUGGAGCAGCUGGAACUCUGCCAGAAAUCUCUCACCGGGUACCUUGAGAAGAAGCGUCUGCUGUUCCCGCGUUUCUUCUUCGUGUCUGACCCGGCCCUGCUGGAGAUUCUGGGUCAGGCCAGUGACCCCCACACCAUCCAGGCACACCUGCUGUCUGUGUUUGACAACAUCAAGACGGUCAAGUUCCACGAGAAGUUCUAUGACGUCAUCCUCGCUGUGCACUCGUCAGAGGGUGAAACUGUUGAUCUGGAGAAGCAGGUGAAAGCAGAAGGCAAUGUCGAGGUGUGGCUGAUGUCGCUGAUGCUCAUGGCACAAAAGUCACUACAUGGCGUCAUCCGCACUGCUGCCAUGGCAAUACAGGAUCAGAGCUUCCAACUGCUGGAGUUCCUUGGAAUGUUCCCAGCACAGGUUGGCAUCCUGGGUAUUCAGAUGAUCUGGACACGAGAUGCCACAGAGGCGCUGACAACCGCCAAGUACGAUCGCAAGGUCAUGGCGCAGACCAAUCAACUUUUCCUGGAGCUCCUCAACAUGCUCAUUGACCAGACGACACAUGACCUCAACAAGAACGAGCGCACCAAGUUUGAGACUCUCAUCACCAUUCAUGUGCAUCAGCGGGAUAUUUUCGAUGAUCUGGUCAAGCAGCAUGUGAAGUCCCCGACAGACUUUGAAUGGCUGAAGCAGUCGCGCUUCUACUUCAUCGAGGACCAGGACCGCUGUCAGAUCUCCAUCACUGACGUAGACUUCAUCUACCAGAACGAGUUCCUGGGCUGCACAGAGCGCCUUGUCAUCACACCUCUCACGGAUAGGUGCUAUAUCACGCUAGCCCAGGCCCUGGGUAUGUCCAUGGGCGGGGCACCUGCUGGCCCCGCGGGUACGGGCAAAACAGAGACCACCAAGGACAUGGGGCGAUGUCUCGGCAAGUACGUCGUCGUCUUCAACUGCUCUGACCAGAUGGACUUCAGAGGACUGGGAAGGAUCUACAAAGGGUUGGCCCAGUCCGGCUCCUGGGGCUGCUUUGAUGAGUUUAACCGUAUUGAGCUGCCGGUGUUGUCUGUUGCCGCCCAGCAGAUUGCUAUUGUCCUGCAGAGCAAGAAGGAAAGAAAGAAGCAGUUUGUCUUCACCGACGGUGACACUGUGUCCUUGAACAUGGAGUUUGGAAUCUUCCUCACCAUGAAUCCCGGAUAUGCGGGUCGUCAGGAGCUACCGGAGAACUUGAAGAUCAAUUUCCGCACAGUUGCCAUGAUGGUUCCUGAUCGCCAGAUUAUCAUCCGUGUGAAGCUUGCCAGCAUCGGUUUCAUUGAGAACGUGAUUCUCGCACGCAAAUUCUUCACGCUGUACAAACUGUGCGAGGAACAGCUCACCAAGCAGGUGCACUACGACUUUGGCCUGAGGAACAUGCUAUCGGUGCUGCGAACCCUUGGGGCGGUUAAACGAGCCAACCCGGAUGACACUGAACAGACCGCUGUCAUGCGCGUCCUGCGCGACAUGAACCUCUCAAAGCUUGUGGACCAGGAUGAGCCCUUAUUCUUGUCCCUUAUCAACGACUUGUUCCCUGGAAUCACCCUAGACAAGCAGGGAUACGCUGAGCUGGAGGUUGCCAUUAGGAACCAGAUUGCUAACGCCAAGCUUAUUGACCACCCAUCAUGGUUCCUGAAACUGAUCCAGUUGUUUGAGACCCAGCGUGUACGCCACGGUAUGAUGGUCCUGGGCCCGAGUGGGGCGGGUAAAACCUGCUGCAUCCACACACUAAUGAAGGCCAUGACUGACACUGGCGAGCCCCACAAGGAGAUGAGGAUGAACCCCAAGGCCAUCACAGCCCCACAGAUGUUUGGGCGCCUGGAUGUUGCUACCAAUGACUGGACUGAUGGUAUCUUCUCUACACUGUGGAGACGUACACAGAGGGCAAAGAAGGGUGAACAUGUUUGGCUGGUCCUGGAUGGCCCAGUAGAUGCCAUCUGGAUUGAGAACCUCAACUCUGUCCUUGAUGAUAACAAGACCUUGACCUUGGCCAACGGUGACCGUAUUCCCAUGGCGCCUAACUGCAAGAUCAUUUUCGAGCCUCACAACAUCGACAACGCCUCCCCAGCAACUGUAUCCAGGAACGGCAUGGUGUACAUGAGCAGCUCUGGUCUUGACUGGUCCCCCAUUCUAAAGGGUUGGUUGCUGACACGACCCAUCAAUGAACAGAACGUCAUAUACGACCUGUUUGAGACGUCCUUCCCGUUCAUCUACAGACAAGCCAUCCAGAGCUACGUCUGGAAGAUGGACGUCCUUGAGGCCUUUGUCAUCUCCCAGGCAUGCAAGCUAAUGGCAGGCCUGAUACCUAAACGUGAGGAGAAAGAUGUACAGCAACUGACGCGCGACCACUACGAGCGUAUCUACAUCUUUACGGUGAUGUGGAGCAUUGGAGCGUAUCUAGAGCUGGACGACAGAGCCAAGAUGGAGGAGUACAUGCGCACUAGCCCGGACUUCAAGCUCGCUAUGCCCAUCAUUCCUGAAGACAGCGAGGCCACCAUGUUUGAAUAUCUUGUGGAUGAAAAAGGUCAGUGGCAGCACUGGGACACGAAGGUCACAAGCUACGAGUAUCCAACGGACCACACCCCUGAGUACUCGUCAAUCCUUGUACCGAUGGUGGACAAUGUGCGAACAACGUACCUGAUAGACAUCAUUGCCAAGCAGAGCCUCGGAGUGUUGCUGAUUGGUGAGCAGGGCACAGCCAAGACGGUGAUGAUCAACGGGUACAUGAGCAAGUACAACCCCGAGUACCACCUGGAGAAGUCCCUCAACUUUUCCAGUACCACCACGCCCUUCAUGAUCCAGCGUACCAUUGAGAGUUACGUUGACAAGCGUGUUGGUGCCACUUACGGACCCCCUGCGGGCAAAAAAAUGACAGUGUUCAUUGAUGACAUCAACAUGCCAAUCAUAAAUGGGUGGGGCGACCAGAUAGCCAAUGAGAUUGUCCGACAGCUGAUUGAGUAUUCAGGAUUCUACAACUUAGAGAAGCCUGGUGACAUUACCAACAUAGUUGACAUGCAGUUCCUGGCAGCUAUGAUUCAUCCUGGUGGAGGUCGAAAUGACAUUCCACAGCGUCUGAAGCGUCAUUUUGUGAUCUACAACUGCACGCUGCCGUCCAACACCUCCAUAGACAAGAUCUUCCGUGUGAUUGGGUUGGGACAUUACUGCGAGGAACGUGGCUUCAAGGCAGACGUCAGAGACCUUGUGAGCAAACUGGUGCCAAUCACCAGACGGUUGUGGCAACUUACCAAGAUAAAGAUGUUGCCAACACCGGCUAAGUUCCACUAUAUCUUCAACUUGCGUGACUUGUCACGCAUCUGGCAGGGGAUGAUAAACACACUCAACAGUGUCAUCGACAACGAGAAAGUAGUCCUGCAGCUCUGGAAACAUGAGUGCAGCAGAGUCAUCGCCGACAGGUUUACGGAUGGCGAGGAUUAUAAAUGGUUUGCAAAGACCUUGAGCCGAGUAGUGGGGGAGGAAUGCGGAGAGUUGUAUGUGUCCUAUAUUGAGGACCAGCAUUACUUUGUUGAUUUCAUGAGGUUUAUAAACCUGGAAGAUUACGCAUGGUUCGAAAAGACAAUAACGCGUGUUAUUGGGGAAGAUUUAGAUGAGGAUGUGUAUGGCCCCAUCGUCAAGGCUACCCAUUUCUUUGGAGACUUCAUGAGGGAUGCCCCAGAGGCCACAGGGGAUGAGCCAGAGGACAGCGACUUUGAUAUGCCCAAGAUCUACGAGCCUAUCCCAAGCUUUGAAGCCCUAGAAGAGCGUCUGCUGAUGUUCCUACAGCAGUACAACGAGAGCAUUCGAGGCUCCGGCAUGGACCUCGUGUUCUUCAAGGACGCGAUGUGCCACCUGGUGAAAAUCUCCCGCAUCAUACGCACCCCACGUGGCCAUGCCUUACUUGUGGGUGUCGGCGGGUCGGGCAAACAGUCACUGACAAAACUGGCCUCGUUCAUUGCUGGCUACAAGACAUUCCAGAUCACACUGACAAGGUCAUAUAACGUGUCCAACCUGCUAGAGGACUUGAAGUUCCUGUACCGCACGUCAGGCCAGCAGGGCAAGGGUAUCACGUUUGUGUUCACGGACCAGGAGAUCAAGGAUGAGGGCUUCCUAGAAUACCUCAACAAUGUGCUCUCAUCUGGUGUGGUGGCCAACCUGUUUGCAAGAGAUGAGAUGGAUGAGAUACUCAGCGAGUUGAUCCCUGUCAUGAAGAAGGAGUAUCCACGGCGACCACCAACCAAUGAGAAUCUCUAUGAGUAUUACCUAAGUCGUGUGCGUAGCCACCUGCAUGUGGUCCUCUGCUUCUCACCCGUUGGUGAGAAAUUCCGCGCGCGCUCACUGAAGUUCCCUGGACUGAUUUCCGGCUGCACAAUGGACUGGUUCCAACGUUGGCCCCGUGAUGCUUUGAUUGCCGUGGCAGACCACUUCCUGUCGCAGUUCAAUAUCGACUGCACGCCUGAAGUGAAGAAGCAGGUGAUCCAGACCAUGGGUAUCGUACAUGAUGGAGUGGCAGAAAGUUGCAUUGAAUACUUCCAAAGGUACCGUCGUUCUACCCAUGUGACACCGAAGUCCUACCUGUCGUUCAUUAACGGCUACAAGACCAUCUACAGUGACAAGAGGAACGAGAUUGGAGAGCUUGCUAACAGGAUGAACACUGGUCUGAAAAAGCUCAUUGAAGCAUCUGAGGCAGUCGCUGAACUAGAAAAAGAGCUAGCAGUAAAAGAGAAGGAGCUGGCCAUAGCCUCAAAGAAAGCGGACGAAGUGCUCAAAGAGGUGACUGUGAAAGCUCAGGCAGCCUCCAAGGUCAAGGAGCAAGUCCAAAAAGUCAAGGACAAAGCUCAAGCCAUCGUAGAUGCCAUUGAAAAGGACAAGAACAUUGCUGAGGCUAAACUUGAGAAAGCAAGACCGGCUCUUGAGGCAGCUGAGGCUGCUCUGAAUACUAUCAAGCCUGCCGAUAUUGCCACCGUGAGAAAGCUCGGCAAGCCCCCUCACCUGAUCAUGAGGAUUAUGGACUCAGUGUUGUUGUUGUUCCAGCACAAGGUGGACACUGUGGUACAGGACCCAGACCGACCUUGUGUCAAGCCAUCCUGGUCAGAGUCCCUGAAGAUGAUGGCGGGUACCAACUUCCUUGGUCAGUUAAUUGCUUUCCCUAAGGACACAAUCAACGAUGAAACCAUUGAGCUGAUCAAGCCGUACCUGACUAUGGAAGACUACACGCUGGAGACUGCGACCCGCGUGUGUGGUAACGUUGCCGGACUUCUUUCGUGGACCGUGGCCAUGUCCGACUUCUUUGCCAUCAACAAGGAAGUUCUGCCUCUAAAGGCAAACUUGGCGGUGCAGCAAGCCAAGUUGGAGGUCGCCAUGGGAGACCUGGCCAUGGCGCAGGCACAGCUGGAUGAGAAGGAGCGAGAGUUGGCGGCUGUGCAUGCAGAAUACGACAAGGCCAUGGCGGAAAAGCAGAAAUUGAUGGACGAUGCAGAGACAUGUCGUCGAAAGAUGAAUGCUGCAGCUGCACUGAUUGAAGGUCUGGGCGGGGAGAAGAUACGAUGGACUGAACAGAGUCAGGAGUUCAAGGCUCAGAUGGGCAGACUUGUUGGUGACGUUCUCGUCUGCACGGCGUUCCUGUCAUACUGCGGACCGUUCAACCAGGAUUUCCGAGCCCUUCUCUUCAAGAACUGGUUCAAGGAGCUUAAGAAUCGCAAGAUCCCCUUCACCCUCAACCUCAACACUAUCGACAUGCUUGUCGAUCAAAAUACUAUCGCAGAAUGGAAUCUGCAAGGUCUGCCUAAUGAUGAGUUGUCCACUCAGAACGGCAUCAUUGUAACGAAGGCAGCCCGCUACCCGCUCCUGAUUGACCCCCAGAGUCAGGGCAAGAACUGGAUCAAGUCUCGGGAACAGCACAGUGAGCUGCAGGUACGCUUGACUGGUUUGAAUGAUUUCUUUGGAUGA